CAAAAGGAUUACAGGUUAGAAAAAUUGGACUUAAGUGAUGGGAGAUGCUUGUAAGUAUGCAGUGGUUACAGGAGCAAACAAGGGAAUUGGCUUCGAGACUAUUAAGCAGCUCGCGAAUUCAGGUGUAACGGUUGUCUUAACAGCCAGAGACGAAAAGAGAGGAACUGAAGCAACAUCCUUGCUGAAUGAACAAGGAUUUUCGAAUGCUGUGUUUCAUCAGCUUGAUGUUCAAGAUGCUCAGAGCAUUGAGUCCUUAGCAAAGUUCAUACAAACACAAUAUGGGAGGCUUGAUAUUCUGGUAAGAGCAUGAAUCUAUGUAUUGCUCCUUAUUCAAUCUCGAGGCAAAUAUUGGACAGUUGCUGAAUAAAUUUCUGCACGUAAAUAAUGCUGGAGCUUCUGGAAUGGUACCUGAUGAAGAUGUCCUAAGGGCCAUGAACAUGGAUCUUG